UGGGAAAGGGACUGAGCAGGCUUUAAAUAGGGCUUAAACACAAUGACGUAGUUGACAUUGCCUGUGCUUCCGCUCGACUGAGUGAGUCCCUAAACGCAACACGUCCACGAAGGCUAGACGUUUCUCUUCGCAGUUGAGCCCCUUCCUACCCAACAGAAUGAAUGUGGGUGUGGCACACAGUGAGGUGAACCCCAACACCCGGGUCAUGAACAGUCGAGGGAUCUGGCUGACCUAUGCGCUCGGUGUUGGAAUACUUCACAUUGUGCUCUUGAGCAUACCAUUCUUCAGUGUACCAGUGGUGUGGACUCUCACUAAUGUCAUCCACAACUUUGGAAUGUACGUGUUUAUGCAUGCAGUGAAAGGAACGCCCUUUGAGACCCCUGACCAGGGAAAGGCAAGACUUCUUACACACUGGGAACAGCUCGAUUAUGGCUUGCAGUUCACGUCUUCUAGAAAAUUCUUCACCAUUUCCCCAAUAAUUCUAUAUUUCUUGGCAAGUUUCUACACAAAAUAUGACACAACACAUUUCUUUAUAAACACCACGUCACUUUUAAGCGUGCUGAUCCCAAAACUACCACAACUGCACAGAGUGAGAAUCUUCGGGAUCAACAAAUACUAAUUCUGUUUUUUUCAUCGUGUAUUCUAUCUAACACGUGCAAUUAAUUACCAUAACUCCAUUGUCACUCAAAUCAGUCAGAAAACAAUUUUAAUGUGGAGACUUUUGGAGAGCGGGAUACAAUGUGCAUUUCUAACGUGUGUUACGCUAUGUUGUGGUCUGAUCGGGCCUGGGCUGGCCCAGGAAUCUGACUUUUUGUAUGUUUAUGUAUUUUUCUUCUGAGCCUUCCCAAUUGAUUUUGUGAAUUUACUGAUGUACAAAGAAAGCAGCAGUUUUAGGGUUUAUUGUAACCGAGAAAAAUUGAGAAAAAGCACAAAUCCCCCCCAAAAAAUGAAAAAAGUGAAAAUGUAAUCUUUUCUGGAGGAUAAUAAUAUUAAUAAUAAUAAUGCAAAGGAUGACUUUGUACUUGUUGGUAAGCAGAAUACAUGUUUGAAUUUGAAAUUCUUACCCCACAAGGCUCUGCAAUGAAGUGGCUACUUGUCCAGGGUGUAACCCUCCUUCCACCUUAAUACAGCUGAGAUAGGCUCCAGCACCCCCGGGACAGACAAGCAGUAGAAAAUGGAUGGAUGAAUACUUAAUUAGGUUUAACAUUUUGCAUGGAGCUUAGAGCGAGGGCGAAUAACUGUUAACUUGUAUUUUUUUCCAUUUCCAAAUAAUUGAGACCGUAUUAUCUCACCAAGUCCUGUUCAGGUCUACAAACUUCUCCCACAAUCAUCUCGGCGGAAGUCCCGUGGUUAGGAUUUACCGCUUUUUACCGCCGCAGCUUGGCUAUGAUUACAGGUAACCAGGGAAUUAUUUAUUUCAGGGCAGCGUUGCUCAGGAAGCAAGACAACUCACCCAGUUUGCCCCCAUUGACCAAGAAGCUGACCCACAAACACAAUGCAGUCACUGUUCCUCAAGAGAAUUGGUUCAAUUUAAACAACUAAUUUGGUUGUGUACGUGAUUAUAGAGAUUAUCUUUCUAUGACCAUUCUGUGGUCCUUUGACAACUCUUUGGUCCUGUAGAUGGUGGUGGUCAGGUUUGAACAAAGCACAUUGUUUCUUUGACAGUUGUUGUUUUUUUGAGUUGACAUUCGACAGCAUUAAUAUGCUAGAACAAGGCUAUUGAACUAAAUUGUCUUAGAGGCUACAUUUCCAGAGAGUUAAGACUAUCCGGACUUAUCCUUUCACCAUUAGUAUUAUUUUGUAUAUUCCAGAGAACCAGCGUCCUAAACAGUCAACAUUUGAUUUUGGUCUAUUUUGUCAGAGUUACAGGAGUGGUGUGCUGUUUUUAAGGACUUUCUGUAAAAAAGCUUGUCAAAUAUCAUCUCUAUGACCGCAUGCUGGUGUUCUUAAGAAUCUGCUGCAAAAACGUUUAACCGAAGUCAUGGGCCAACAGUUUGACAGUUGAAAUGACAAAAAAGAGAGGACCUAAAAUGGAACCUUGAGGAACACCAGGAGUAUGGCUAAAGAUGAAAAAAAUACUACCAAUUUUUUUUAUCUGGAGUAAACAAGCUACAGCAACACCUUAGUUACAUAAAAAAAAUUACAAAAGAAUUGUAACUGCUUAAAAGGAGGACUCAAAGGGUUGACUUGAGGAACGCCCCCGUUUGCUAGCAGUGUUAAAUGUCAAUGCAAUGAUCUGUCAAUGUGGUUACAGUGGUCCACGUUACUCUAUAGGACAGGAGCACUCUUGUUUUUAGGAAUGUUGCUGUUUGUCUCCCAAAUUUUAAACUGAACUUGGGGGCCGGUAUGUUAAAUAGCCCUGUUGUAGUUGGAUCCAUCCAUCCAUCCAUUUCCUACCGCUUAUUCCCUUUGGAGUCGCAGGGGGCGUUGGUGCCUAUCUCAGCCACAAUCAAAUACUGUAAUUACUUUUCUUAAUCAUAUACAAUAUUCACUUUUUUGGAUUUUAUUUAAAAAAAAAAAUUUUUACAUUCUAUCUCUGUUACAAUAAACCAUAACAAUUGCAAAUUGUUCCUAUCUUUGUAAGGAAAAUAAACAGUGAUGUAUUUUUCUUGAUAGGUCUUGCGUUCACUUGUCUACAAUAAUUGUUAUGGAGUUGUUUGUAGCUAUGCCAAUAACCCAAAUGUAUUUUUCAAAAAUGUUUACUUCCUAA